UGCUUUCAGCAUCAUUUUGGAGAAGAGGGAAGCGGUAACAACCAAGUCUGCAUCGAAUGCCUGUCUCUAACAAUUGCCAAUGAAUUAUCUUCGAAUUCCUAUGUCUGCCAGUUGACAUAGCCUAACCUAUCACACGCACUGCACACCAGUUCUGCAAAGAAACAGGAUAUUCGCAGGCUGUGCGUUUUUUCAGCACCUGAGCAUUACUGAGGCUGUUCACCCUACUGGAUCAUGGCACAGACCAACAGUGUGGGGAGCAAUGGAGUAGCCGAUGAAUCACCCAACAUGAUUGUAUACAGAAAGAUGGAGGACGUAAUAGCCCGCAUGCAGGAUGAGAAGAAUGGAAUUCCUAUCCGCACUGUGAAAAGUUUUUUAUCCAAGAUUCCAAGUGUUUUUUCAGGUUCUGACAUUGUACAGUGGAUGAUCAAAAACCUGAAUAUUGAAGAUCAAGUGGAGGCCCUUCACCUGGGGACCCUGAUGGCUGCCCACGGCUACUUCUUCCCCAUAUCAGACCAUGUACUCACACUGAAAGACGAUGGCACUUUCUACAGGUUUCAGACCCCCUACUUCUGGCCGUCAAACUGCUGGGAACCAGAGAAUACAGACUAUGCCGUUUACCUCUGCAAAAGAACAAUGCAAAACAAAGCUCGUCUGGAGCUGGCAGACUACGAGGCGGAGAGCUUAGCGAGGCUACAGAGAGCAUUUGCCAGAAAAUGGGAGUUCAUAUUUAUGCAAGCAGAAGCACAAGCAAAAGUUGACAAGAAAAGAGAUAAGAUUGAGAGGAAAAUUCUCGAUAGUCAAGAAAGAGCGUUUUGGGAUGUGCACAGACCAGUGCCCGGAUGUGUAAACACAACAGAAGUCGACAUAAAGAAGUCCUCCAGAAUGAAAAAUCCCCAAAAGACAAGAAAGUCAGUAUAUGGGCCUCAGAAUGAUGUGCGAACCCACAGCCCCACCCACACCCCUGCCCCAGAGGCCAAGCCAGCCACAGAGGAGCAGCUACAGGACCAGAUCAAUUAUUGGGGAGGGCAAUUAGACAGACAUCGACUGAAAAUGUCCAAAGUGGCUGAGAGUUUGUUGGCCUAUACAGAGCAGUAUGUGGAAUAUGACCCCUUCAUCACGUCGACCGACCCCUCCAACCCGUGGAUCUCAGAUGACACCGCAGUAUGGGAGCUGGAGGCUAGUAAGGAGCCAGGUCAGCAGAGGGUGAAGAGGUGGGCGUUCGGUAUCAACGAGGUUCUCAAGGAUCAGGUGGGGAGGGAGCAGUUCCUCAAGUUCCUGGAGUCUGAGUUCAGCUCAGAGAACCUGAGGUUCUGGCUAGCGGUCCAGGAGGUAAAGAAGAGGCCCAUCCGGGAGGUCCCGACCCGGGUUCAGGAGAUCUGGCAGGAGUUCCUGGCCUCUGGAGCUCCCAGUGCCAUCAAUGUUGACUCAAAGAGCUAUGACAAGACCACCCAGAACGUCAAGGACCCUGGACGCUAUGCCUUUGAGGACGCACAGGAUCACAUCUUCAAGCUGAUGAAGAGUGACUCCUACAGCCGCUUCAUCCGUUCCAGUGCCUAUCAGGAGCUGCUACAGGCCAAGAAAAAGGGGAAAUCCCUUACAUCAAAGAGGCUGACCAACCUUGUGCCAUCAUGCUAAAAUACAGCCACUCUGCAAUAUAGAGGACCAUUUCUACGUCAUUUCUACGUCAUUUCUACAUCAUCGCCGUCUGCUUUCCACUGAGACGAUGAGCAGGGCAGUACAUCAGAUGUUGCAUGUCCAAGGAGAAGGCUUGUUAUUUAUUUUACUUGAUCUAUAUCUACUAUUGGCGAGGACAUUCAUUUUGGGUCAGGUAGGCAUUUUAGGACAGACAUUGAGACCGGAUAAUGCCUUUACAGAAAGUCAGUGUCCAGUUACUUCCACCAUAUCUGAUGGACACGCGUGCUCCUCUCCAGCUGAGCUAAUGAUGUCAGAAAUUUAAAAAAUUAAGAAACGACAGCUUAACAGUAAAAUCUAAUAAAAAAAUAUUAUUACUAUACAGUUCACGAUCUGUAAUCACACCUACUUUUGUCACGCUAAGGGAAGUGUUGUGCAGUAUGCAUAUAUAUAUAAAUGAUUAUGUUUAUUUUGCAUUGCUUUUAUUGCACUACAGUAAUUGGCACAGUUUUCAUUACAUGUGUAAAGUCUCAUUCAAGCUGCUGUCUGUUGUCUUCUGUAGAACGCACUUCUUUGUUACUCUCUCCUGCAUUUAUUUUUAUACCAUAUUUAAAGACACUUAAAAAUGUAUUAAAGUUGUCCCUUUAUCUGUUUUUACUGUCCUGGUAAUGAAUCAAUACAUUUUGUAAUGACUAGCAAGGAGUAGAUGAACAUACUGAUCUGGAGUCAUUGCUAUGAUUAUUCUCACUGAUCUGUCUGCUAAGGGCACAGACUGUCAUCUGCAGUUUAGGUGUUGCCACUAGAUGGUGGUAGAUUUAACAGAGCAUAACACACAGUAGUUUUGGGUAUCCGUUAGAUUAGAAAUGGUCUUCGCUUAUUUGACUAUAAUUUAAGGGAAUAAGUUGUACAUUUGCAAAAAAAGAAUGCUUUGUUUGUUCAUUUUGUUCAAAUGUGUUAUUUGUUAGCAAUUUAGACAUUUUAUUAUACUGUACAAAAUAUGCUACCACAAAAAGUAAGGGCUCUAUUCAAUCCGUAUCGAGGAAGUUCAGCGUUAGUGUGAUUGACAUUUAAAGGCAAUUUUCCCGCUUUAGCGGAGACUGCAUUCACCGUAAAUGCUGCGUAUGUCUGCUCAAUCAGAAAUUAACUUUACAUUUCUAGAGCCCUGUGGGCUCGAUUCAAUCAGUAGCGCUGAAGAUCUGCUUUAUAGCACGAUUGAAAUUGAAAGGUCAUUUCCGAUUGAGCCGACAUAUGCAGCAUUUACCGUGAAUGCAAUUUCCGCGAAAGGCAGGAACAUUGCCUAUGUCGCACUAUAUCGCACCAGAGCGUGGGUGUUCUGCCAUACGAAGUGAAUUGAGCCCUAAGGCUUAGUGGCUAAUAUCACUAACAGAGUUUUACAAAACAUAACCUUGUCAGUUCAGGUCUGUCAGUAUAUUAAAGCCAUGAGAAACCAUGACUUAAGAUAUUAGUCAUAGUAUGGACAAAGACUGAGGCUUGAAUUCAGCUGCUAUAGUUUCCUGCUAUUCUCUACUGGUAGGAUCAGAUGGUAAUUGUUUAGACAGUGAAGUUUUUUUUUGCGGAUGUUUCAGAUCUUUGACGGUGAAUGACAGCCAGUGUUUUUUGUCUCAGUUCCAGUUCCCAGUACAUCAUUGUCUUUCUUCUUUAUACCUAAACCAAAAUAAUGGGAAUGGCAAUUUCAAAGGGUUCUGUUGACAUGUGAGUAGGCAGCAGUAAGAAUGAUUUAUGGAUUAUGUGAUUUCACACACCCAUGUUUGGGAAAAAGGAACAAUGUGUUGUGGUCUUAUGAGAGUCUCAGAGAGAGCUGAGAUGGAUGUGUCAGAUAAAAGUUUCCUUGAACCGG